UAAAGUGUGAUAUUUUACAGCCUAUUGGCAAAGAUUGCAAAGCAAAGUGCUUCUUGAGUAUGGGUAAGAAAAUGAGGUUUUCUUAUAAGAGUUGUUGUAUUGGUUGAAAAAAGAUUAUAAUCAACCAAUCUUUCGCAACCUUUACAAGAAGUACCACCCUCUCCUUGUUACACCCCAGUGUUGUUCAAUGGUCGGCUGGUCGCCAUGGUGGAAUGGAAUGGGCGGUGUGCCGACUUUGUGCCAACCAACAAAAGAAAUUUGUGAAUAAUUGCGGUCCAUGGUGGUGUAUGACGAUCUAUGGCAGUGACAUAUAGCGGUCCACCAUUGUUUCAAACGUAUAUACACGGACUGUUUUCAUCCCUCUUUGGUUAUUUCAUGUUGUUGUAGCACGGGGUAGAUUCUCCUUACCUGCUCCAUCAAUGCCCCAUGGUCGAAAUUGGGCACCACAUCAUGCUAUCAUGGCAACUCCAUUGCUUGUUGCUUUUGAACUACUACUAUGUGUUCAUCUCGACAGCAGUUAUGUUGUAAAUUUGAAGAUUGUUUUCUUUCCGUUGCUAGUUUUUGAAUCUGCCAUUUUGGUUGAUAAUGUUAGAAUGUGUAGGGCUUUAAUGCCUGGAGAUGACGAAAACGUGACUGACGAGGCCAUAUGGGAAACCCUUCCUCAUUUUUGGGUUGCGAUUUCCAUGGUCUUCCUCAUCGCAGCAACAACUUUCACUCUUCUGAAACUUUCUGGUGAUGUAGUUGCUCUUGGCUGGUGGGACUUAUUUAUUAAUUAUGGGGUGGCUCAAUGUUUUGCAUUUCUUAUCUGCACAAAAUGGUAUAAUCCUGCCAUUCAUAGACAUUCUCAUAUUCUAUCAGCCAGUUGGGCCGGUUCAUCUUCAACAAGUGUCAGAUAUUCUAUCCGGGAUAGUGGGUUGCUGUUAUCAUUAGAUGAAGAUUUUGAAGAGAGCAGCAUUUGCAGUUUGCAGGAAAUUGGUGGGCAUAUUAUGAAAGUUCUCCUUGUUGUUUUUGAAAUAGUUCUUUUUAUGCGACUAGCGGAAACUCCAUCUAGUGCCGGAUAUAUCCCAAUUUCAGUUCUGUUUGCUCCUGUUUUCCUUGUCCAAGGGGCAGGGAUUUUGUUUGCUAUCUAUAGAUUCCUGGAGAAAGCAAUCCUUCUACUAGAUACUGAAGCUGGUGACAUAAACGUAAACUAUUUUAGGGUAUCUGCAAGGAUUCGUGGUUCUUUAGGGUUCAUGCAGCGUGGAUCAAGGUUAUUGGGUUGGUGGUCAAUAGAUGAAGGAAGUCGUGAGGAGCAAGCGCGUCUUUAUCAUGCCCAGACACCUCGGUAUAAUACUUUUUCGCCUGAUGCUGUAAAGAAGAUGCCCAAAGCAGAGCUUGUAGAGGAGAUAUGGAGACUGCAAGCUGCACUUUGUGAGCAAGCUGAUGAAUCAGAGUUAAAUCAGGAGGAGCUUGAAAAGCUUCAGAAUGAAAAGGUACUCUGUAAAAUUUGUUUCGAGAAGCAGAUAAACGUGGUUCUUCUUCCUUGUAGGCAUCACAUACUUUGCAGUAUGUGUUCUGAGAAGUGCAAAAAGUGCCCCAUAUGCCGUGUUUACAUUGAAGAUCGUCUUCCUGUAUAUGAUGUCUAGCUUAAUUCAUAACCGAAAGCCCGCUGUUUCGUGAUCUCCUUUCAACUUCACAAGACAGAAAGAAGUAAUGAAUAUAUCUGGUGACUGCAGUUUUAAUUGCAUCAGGCCACCAUGGCGUUUGCGGUAUGUGUAGUAAUGUUUUCAUUCUGUUUAUCACCGUGUUUCUCUGAAACUGGUUUUGGUUAUCUAGUGGAGAAGAACUGUAUAAUAUGCAGUUUGAAAGACAAGCUGGUCUGUUGAUAACAUCUCUAACAAGGGUUUUUAGAGGAAUUGAAAUAGGGGUGUAUUGUAUUAUGUAGGGAUAUUUGUGGAUUUAU